AUGAGUCCAAGCCCCGAGGUGGAUCGCAUGCCGAGACGGCUGUUCCGCCGGCGGCAACGCCAGCGCCGGCGCCGCGCUGGUCAUUCCCCAGCGCCGGAUCCCCGACCGCAGGCACCCUAUACAGCCACGCUCGUUGACGCCUUGCGCUUUCACCGGGACUCGCUGGACGCGGCAUUGAAGCAGAUCCCCCCAGGGCUGUCCCCGGCCCGGGGCCCUGGACGGGCCACCAUCGCCUUGUCCUUCCUCGCGGCCCGGCGCCUGGCGCGGGCUGCCAGCCGGUUGGCCGCCGCUUCCGCCCUCGCGCCAGCCAACACCGUUGGCCCGCGCAAGCGCAUCCGCCUGGACACAACACAAUAG